AUGGCGGAAUCCAACGUGGCCGCCUGGCCCUCGUCUAAACCUGAGCAGGAGCAAGAGCAGGAGCUUGAAGCUGGCCUCUUGAAACCCGAAACGAAGCAGCCGCUGCCGCUGCCACAGGUAUCAAGCCAGAGAAGAAAUAUAACGGAUCAGCUGCAUCCUGCAUUUUACAUUGCGUUUUGGAUCACGACCAGCUCAGGUGUCAUCCUGUUCAACAAAUGGGUUCUUGCAGCAGCAAAUUUUCGCUUUCCUCUGUUCUUAACGACAUGGCACAUGACAUUUGCCGCUGCCGUGACGCAGCUUAUGGCUCGCUAUACAAACCUAUUAGAUUCGCGACACAAGGUACCAAUGGACAUUGAGACGUAUAAGCGGGCAAUUCUGCCCAUUGUUAUUUUGUUUAGUCUCAGUCUGAUUGGAGGCAACCUCGCCUAUCUGUACCUGAGCGUUUCCUUCAUCCAGAUGCUCAAGGCAUCCACCGCAGUUGUGACCCUUUUGGCCACUUGGGCAUUCAAAAUUGUACCGCCAAACUUCAAAGUGCUUGGAAAUGUGUCCCUCAUUGUGUUUGGAGUUGUCGUUGCCUCGUUUGGCGAAAUAAAAUUCCACUUGCUUGGAUUUCUAUUCCAAGUCUGUGGCAUCAUUUUCGAAGCUCUGCGGCUCGUCAUGGUCCAGAGACUUCUCAGCUCCUCCGAGUUCAAAAUGGACCCCAUGGUCUCACUAUACUAUUACGCCCCAGCCUGUGCCGUCAUCAAUGGCGCCCUCAUGGCCGUCGUUGAGGUGCCGCGCAUGAAGCUGGCCGACUUUGCUAGCGUUGGUAUGCCAUUAUUCAUCAUCAAUGCUUGUGUUGCAUUCUUACUCAACGUCUCGACGGUUUUGCUGAUUGGCAAGACGUCUGCCGUUAUUCUUACUAUGUCGGGCAUUCUGAAGGACAUUCUUCUGGUAGCUUCGUCGAUACUGCUCUUCGGGGAUCCCGUCACCGGGCAGCAAUUCGUGGGAUACACCAUCGCGCUUGGCGGCCUGGUUUAUUACAAACUUGGUAGUGAGACACUUCAGGCGCUUGCACAGGAAACAACUUUGAAAGUCAAUGAUGUUCGGCAAAAUCAUCCUGCAAGGCUAAGAUACGCGAUAGUUGCGUCUGCCUUCUUCCUUGUGACUCUACUGUGGUUUUUUCUCGGCACACUUGCACCCUGA